AAAAGUACUAUAUUCCUAAACUCCGCAUAGAGUGCAAAAGAAUCCGCUUAAACUGUCAGCGUUGUAAGAUCCGUAGGGCCGAACCAGCACCGCCCGCAAUGGGAGAUCUUCCUAAAGCACGCCUAGCAGCAUAUGUCCGUCCAUUUUCUUAUAUAGGAGUGGACUAUUUUGGGCCCUUCAGCGUCACAGUUGGUCGUCGAGUAGAAAAACGCUGGGGGGUCCUAGUGACCUGCCUUACCGUGCGUGCCAUACAUAUAGAGUUAGCUCACACACUCAACACAGAAUCGUGCAUUAUGGCAUUGCGCAACUGUUUCUCACGGCGAGGAGUACCGAUCCAGAUUAUUAGUGACCGUGGCACAAAUUUCAUCGGCGCAGAAAAAGAGCUCAAAAACGCUCUGCAAUCGGUCGACCAGGACGCCAUGAUAAGGGAGUUUACUACUACCUCAACUUCGUGGACAUUCAACCCUCCAGCCACUCCCCACAUGGGAGGCUCGUGGGAGAGGUUGAUACAAUCAGUGAAGAAAGUACUUUAUGAAAUGCAGCCAGACCGUCUACCAAAAGAAGAGGUGCUGAGAAACUGUCUCAUCGAAGUGGAAAACGUAGUGAACAGCAGGCCGCUGACGCACGUACCGAUAGAGGACGAAUCAUCACCCGCGCUAACGCCCAAUCAUUUUCUGGUGGGAUCGUCAAAUGGUUUAAAGCCCUUGGUACCGUUUGACGACAGUGCUACAUCUCUAAAGCAGUCCCACAAAACCUCGCAAAUUCUCGCUAACUUCUUCUGGAAACGCUGGGUGAACGAAUAUCUCCCAAACAUCACUCGCCGUUCAAAGUGGUUCGCUCCAGUAAAACCAAUUGCAGUGGGUGACAUAGUUGUUAUCGUCGAUCCCAAGCAACCCAGAAAUUGUUGGCCAAAAGGAAGGGUGCUAGCUACAAUUCUUUCGAAGGAUGGUCAAGUUCGACAAGCUUCAGUGCAAACAUCUGGAGGAAUUUUUCAAAGAUCUGCAGUCAACCUCGCUGUACUGGAUGUAGGUGCAAAUACGAGUGGUUCAGACCAGGGUCCAACCACUGGGGGGGACUGUUGCGCACGCCCAUUGUGCGACGCCGCACCUACUAUACCGUAAAUUGGAUGACCUUGCGCCAAAACAGUACGACUGUCAACGGCGAUUGUCAGAAGAGCCAGAAUGAGAAGAAGGGAAGAAAAAGCUGAGAAAUUGAACUACGAACUACGUCUGAAGACAACGUGAAUUCUUAAACUAGAUAAAGUACUUUAAAUAUCCUAAUUAAAACACUAAAAUUCAAUUUGUUGUUAUCUAAGCCUAAAAUAGUAGGUAUAAAAUAAGUUUUCUAUUCAUUUUUUCUUCUAAAACAUCUUGAACUCUCAAUUAGGUUUGCUACAGUGAAUUAGGGUUAGACUAAUAGAAUGAUUAUGCAAUAAUCAGGACAAGCACUGUUAACAUUCAGGUAAACGUAUUGCUUAUGUUACAAACAAUUACAACUAAAACUACUUGUUUAAACAGUUAGCCAAAAGUUCCGCAGUACUGUAAAACAUUCGCCUGUUUGUCAAGCACUCCAAAUAAUCCGGGAACAAGACACGGUUAAGUAAUCUGGCUGAACUCACGAAACGAAUUUUUUAACCGUUCCUGUGGAAUAAACGAUUUAAAAAACCGGAUGCAAUUCGAUCUUGUUACUUCCGUAACAGUU